CCCAGGCGGUCGUCGGUGAGUCGGACCGACGUCAGUCAGCUCCGCGGGGAGGAGCUGUUUCUCACCGGGGGGGCUGAGAGCAGACAGCUCGGGAAGUUAAGGUGGCGCUCAGACAACUCCAGGCGGUCCUCAUGUCCACUGACGGGCCGGACUGAAGCCCCGCUCCAACACCUUCAUCUAACAGCGUCCCCCCGGUAGUUUAAGGGAGUUUUUUUUGUGUCUGUUUUUCCACCACAGAGGCAGCGAGCAGCAGCAGCAGCUACGCCCCGGGGCUGAUAUUACGGACUCAUUAUGUCUGAUGGGGAGUAUGAUUACCUCAUCAAGUUCCUAGCGCUGGGUGACUCUGGUGUGGGCAAGACGAGCUUUCUAUACCAAUACACAGAUGGCAAGUUCAACAACAAGUUCAUCACUACAGUUGGAAUAGACUUCAGAGAAAGGAGAGUGAUCUACAAUUCAACAGGUCCAGAUGGAACAACAGGCAGAGGACAGAAGAUCCACCUGCAGCUGUGGGACACUGCAGGGCAAGAGAGGUUCCGAAGUUUGACAACAGCCUUUUUUCGAGAUGCGAUGGGUUUCCUCCUCCUGUUUGAUCUCACCAAUGAGCAAAGUUUCCUCAACGUCAGAAACUGGAUGAGUCAGUUACAGAUUCACGCGUACUGUGAAAAUCCAGAUGUGGUUCUGUGUGGCAACAAAUGUGACCUGAGUGACCAGAGAGCUGUCAGCCAAGACGAGGCCCGGCAGCUGGCUGAGAAGUACGGGAUCACAUACUUCGAGACCAGCGCUGCAAGCGGGCAGAACGUCAGCGAGGCCGUCGACGUCCUGCUGGAUCUGAUCAUGAAGAGGAUGGAAAGGUGCGUCGACAAGUCCUGGAUCCCGGACGGCACCGUCCGCGCUAACGGGCCCGCCGGCACCGACCUCUCCGACGGCUCCGAUAGAAGCAAAUGUGCAUGUUAGAAGGAUUGUUUUUGUUGCACAUCUUUGUUUCGUUCUGUAUCAGGUGGGGGAGAAAAGGAAGAUAUCCAAGUAAAAAAAAAAAAAAAAAAGUGGGAGUUUUCUUACAUUUUGUGUUGAGGAGACCUUCAACAUAAUCAAGGCUCUUUGCCCCACAAUCCAGAAUGUUGCAUGAUCACGCUCACCGACCUGCUGAGCCGUCUAUCAGCAAGAGUCGGCAUGCCUUUUUCUCAAUACAUCAAUCUUAUCGUUGUGAAUGUGAGGUAUUUAUUUUCCUUAUGAUGCCCUAACGUAGAUUUCAAGUUUUCAUAUUAAGUUAAAGAUCAGUAUCCUAGAUCCAAAUGUUAAAAGAACACUGAGCCUGUAUGUUGCAUGUGCUAAUAUGUUGUCAGGACCCCUCAACUGCUGUAUAGAGAAAAAAUGGCAAUGAAUGUACUUUAGGUCAUCGAUUAUGUGUCCUUGAUGCCCAACUGAGUGCCUCGCAAUUUCACUAGUGCCACCUCCAGAGAACAUGUAGCUCUUAACGUCUUCCAGUGUUUGCUUGGAGGAGAAGAUAACAGGAAUAUUUCUUUAGUCUGUACUUUGAUAUGAUUGCAGUUUUGGUCAGAAAAAAACACUUUGCAAUAUUUACAUAAGAGAAAUGAGAUUUUUUAAAAAAGCAUAGGAAACGAUUUAAGAACUAUUUUUUUUUACUGUCAACUUGACUCAUUAUUUUUAGAAAGCUCAUAUUCUGACAAAUUACAUUUAGACAUAAAAUGAUCAAAACCUGAUCCAAAGAAAGGCCUUUUUAAACUGCUAAUCAGUGACCUUCCCUGUUCUUGGAUUCAUCAGCUCAAGCUUUAAGAAAUCUAAAUUAUCAGAUCACAAAAUUCCCUUUGUGUAUUUCAUCUUGAAAUCAUAACAAAUUCAAACUUUAGUUGGAGAAAAAAAACUUGCAUUUUGGUAGUAAAGGUAGUCCCUAAGCAAAAUGCAGUGUAUUAGAUUAUUAUCCGUUGUCAUUUAUCUAUGCAUUACAAAAUGACGUCCUUGUGUGGAGCUUUUAAAAAAACAUGGCGGAUGAGAACAAAAGGACAUACAAUUGUUUUAAAAAGUAAAUGAAACAUACAUAAAUACUUAGUUAAACAGUUUAUUAAUAGGACAUAAAUAAGUGGUGGGGCUACUUUUCUUGAACUGUUGACAUUCUCUGAAAUGUAUUAUUCUAGAGACUCUUGUUAGUGUAAUAUCCAAGUGCCAAAUUUUAUAUAUAUAUAUAUAUAUAUAUAUAUAUAUAUAUAUAUAUAUAUAUAUAUAUAUAUAUAUAUAUAUAUAUAUAUAUAUAUAUAUAUAUAUAUAGUAAAAGAAAUGUCAUAGUAAUAAGUCUGUAUUUUCUGGGUUUCUGUAGCAGGUCGUCUCUUAAAAACUGUUAAGCUGAGCUUUUUUUUUGGCACAUUUUUAUAAAUAAGUCAAUCAGAAUAUUAGUUUGACGUCACUGGAUGAGAUCUGAAGACCUCUUUUUUUUUUUGUUGAGUUUCUGUUACUCUAUAAAUCUCAUAAACACUGGAACGAUAAUACUUAAUAGUUUCCUCACACACUUUACGUUUGUGUUACACUUUGAUUAUUUAGUAUGUUUAAAAGUAGAUGUUUUUAAGACUAUUAUAUAUUCUUCCUCUGUAUUUCUGUGCACAGAUUAAAAUAUUUCAAUAUUGUCUCUUCGUAAGUGGGUUUGAUCAUAUUAUUAGGAUAUAUAAUGCUGUCACAUGUGCCAUGCUUUCAUAUUAAAAUGUGUAUAUUGAGACAGAAAAUAACAUUUGUAUUUAUGUAUAA